AUGGGUCCAAAAGCAAUCUUCGAGACCGCAGCUGUAUACAGCUCAUAUCCGGCACGACACCACGUGUCAGUGGCGCACGAAUCAGGAACAGACAUGGGAGAGGAGCUGCAGAAAGCGGACGAGUACCUCCAAAAGCACCGGAUCCUUGAACUCUUCAACGACUUAUGUGCAUCCCUCUGCUUCCACAAGCCCGGAGAUGUGAGAGGCUUCCUGCUUCAGGAGCUGCAGCUUCGCGAGCGCGAAGGGGCGUCAGCAGGCAACUUCGAGGAUGCCGAAAUCAAGGCAGUAUUCAAUCUUGCGGAUCUCAUGCAGAUGGGCGUGAUCAGUGAGGUUCAGGCCAGGAAAGCCUUGUUGUCCCUGGCAAACUCUCAGAAGCAGAAGGAGGAUGUAGAGGCAAUCGAGCUGCCGCCAGAAAUCGAUGAGACAAUCUUCCUGCAAAAGGCGAAGGAUGCCCUCCAGUUCCGUUGA